AUGAAUACAUGUGUAAUAGAUACCUGUGCAGUGAAUACCUUGUGCAGUGAAUACCUGUGCAAUGAAUACAUGUGUAAUGAAUACCUGUGCAAUGAAUACCUGUGUAAUGAACACCUGUGCAAUGAAUACCUGUGCAAUGAAUACCUGUGCAAUGAACACAUGUGCAAUGAAUACAUGUGCAAUGAAUACAUGUGCAAUGAAUACAUGUGCUAUGAAUACCUGUGCAAUGAAUACCUGUGCAAUGAAUACCUGUGCAAUGAAUACAUGUGCUAUGAAUACCUGUGCUAUGAAUACAUGUGCAAUGAAUACCUGUGCAAUGAAUACCUGUGCAAUGAAUACCUGUGCAAUGAAUACCUGUGCUAUGAAUGCAUGUGCAAUGAAUACAUGUGCAAUGAAUACCUGUGCAAUGAAUACCUGUGCUAUGAAUGCAUGUGCAAUGAAUGCAUGUGCAAUGAAUACCUGUGCAAUGAAUACCUGUGCAAUGAAUACCUGUGCAAUGAAUACCUGUGCAAUGAAUACCUGUGCAAUGAAUACCUGUGCUAUGAAUGCAUGUGCAAUGAAUGCAUGUGCAAUGAAUACCUGUGCAAUGAAUACCUGUGCAAUGAAUACCUGUGCAAUGAAUACAUGUGCAAUGAAUGCAUGUGCAAUGAAUACCUGUGCAAUGAAUACCUGUGCAAUGAAUACCUGUGCAAUGAAUACAUGUGCAAUGAAUGCAUGUGCAAUGAAUACCUGUGCAAUGAAUGCAUGUGCAAUGAAUGCAUGUGCAAUGAAUACCUGUGCAAUGAAUACCUGUGCAAUGAAUACCUGUGCAAUGAAUACCUGUGCUAUGAAUACAUGUGCAAUGAAUACCUGUGCAAUAAAUACCUGUGCAAUGAAUACAUGUGCAAUGAAUGCAUGUGCAAUGAAUAA